GUCUGUCUGUCGGGUCUACGAGUCGCGAUCUCUGCCUCUGCCGCAUCUUCUUAUCUCGAGGCCACCAUGAGCAUCAUUUUCUUGGUAGCAUGCUGCAUAUGCGUGGUGGUUGCACGCCCGCAACAAGGCAAUACUGCCGUCACGCCCGUGCCCAUCCUAGUGGACGAAAGGCUAACCAUCGACCCUCAAGGAGGCUACGGAUUCAGAAUCGUCGCGGGAAACGGCAUCAAAUGGCACGAGAUAGGAGCGGUGGCUUCUAAGAGCGGCCAAUACACAUUCACCCACCCCGACGGCACUCCCCACACCCUCUCGUACACCGCGGGCGUGGGCGGUUUCCAUCCAGUGUCCGACCUCCUCCCGACGCCUCAUCCGCUCGAGCCAUGGCAUAUCGAGCAGAUCCGCUUUGCUGAAAGUCAGCGAGCAGCAGCAGCGGCGGCGGCAACAACUCAAGUUUAGGUUAAACUGAAAGAAAAGGCGACCGGUCGUCUUCUGUGUUGUUGAAUCUC